AUGCCAUGCGAAAAUGUAUCGCACAUCUCUGAAGCUUCAGCACCGGUUCUUGAAGUGCCGAAUGUCUAUCAUCGUAGUCUGGUAGAGGUGAUUACCUCUGCUUUCAAGGAUUCAACCUCAAAACAAUUCCACUUUACCCCAUUUCGACUCUUUUGGCAGCCAUCGCCUGACGUAGAGCCCGAGCGAGUUAUAACUGAGCUAUACAACUCUGAGGCAUUUCUUGGCGAGUACGAGCAAAUCACUCGGAAAUUGAAACCCACACCACCUGGAACAGUCCAUAUCGAAACAUGCAUUGCUGCUAUGAUGCUGUGGUCGGAUUCAACACACCUUGCUAGCUUUGGCGAUGCCUCACUAUGGCCUCUGUAUCUGUAUUUUGGCAAUCAGUCUCAAUAUUUUCGAUCAAAACCAAACAACUUUGCAGCUCAUCAUGUAGCCUAUAUACCAUCGCUCCCGGAUAACCUUCAAGAUAUAUACAUGGAGGCAUACAAUGGAGCGGCGGCCUCUGAAGAGACAAUCCGUAACAUGAAGCGUGAUCUCAUGCAUGCGGUCUGGCUCCUUCUGCUAGACGGGGAAUUUAUGGAUGCAUAUGAAAAUGGCAUACUUAUCAAGUGCACUGAUGGCAUUACCCGCCAUUAUCCUGAAAAGGUCCUUUUAGCAACCAUUCGAUUUCUGGGCAAAUCUCUGUGUACCGGAUGUACGAUCUAUAAGAAGUUUGUUAGCGCACUCGGAACACGUGCUGAUGACCAAAGACGCAACCACGAAAGAAAAGAUACAAAAGAAAGACAAAGAAAGGUGGAAACCAGCCGCUCAUGGAUCUUUGAAUAUGGUGGUUCUAUCAAGAGUCAAGGUGUCGAAAAUGUACUUGCUGAUGAGUCAUAUGUUCCUGCUCGAAAUGCAUUCUCAACAAGACUGUUCGGGCUUGGAUUCAAUUUUUUUUCAAUGUUUGUUCCGGAUCUCUUGCAUGAGUUUGAACUUGGCGUCUGGAAAGCAGUCUUUAUACAUUUGAUGCGAAUACUCUACUCAUGUGGUGAAAAUUAUAUUCAAAAGCUUAAUAAAAGAUACCGACAAGUUCAGACAUUUGGGAGAUCUACCAUUCGUCGAUUUUCUACUAAUGCCUCCGCUAUGAAAAAGCUGGCCGCUCGUGAUUAUGAGAAUCUUCUGCAGUGCUCAAUGCCGGUAUUUGAAGGAUUACUUCCAAAUCAAAAACACGAUGCCAUGCUUCAAGACCUUUUAUUUAUUCUGUGCACGUGGCAUGCUUACGCAAAGCUUCGUAUGCAUACCAUGUCAAGUCUGACAGGCCUUAAGGCAACAACACGUAGUCUUGGACAAGCACUGCGAGAUUUUUCCAAGAAGCUUUGCCCAAAAUAUGACACAAAAGAGUUGCCAAAAGAAGAGGCUGCUCGGGCAAGACGUGCAAGAAAAAGUAAAGGAAAAGGAAAGGCGUCAUCUUCAACAACAGCCAAUACGGCGGCGCCUUCGGCAAAGGUUUUCAACAUGUUUACCUUCAAGCUUCACCAUCUGGGACACUAUUUAAAGGCAAUAUGGCAGUAUGGGCCUUCGAGCGGCUACUCAACACAGACGGGAGAGUUGGAGCACAGACGUGUCAAAAAAUUCUAUGCACGUACAAACAAAGGACGCAAAUUUGAACAUCAAAUUACAAGGCAUCAACGCCGUGAACGUAUACUGCGACGCAUUGCUAAUCGAGUCAAAAAUGCUGCAAGUGAAUCUGCCGGCAGCCUCUCUUCCCAACAAUAUCAGUACAAAAGAGGUGCUACGACUCAUUUGGUUCCAUUUGAGGAUUCCGAAUCACUACAACCCAUUCUGCCAGAGCUCCACCAUUACAUUUCAAAUGGAAAGAACUCACCGAUCAACAUUUUUCAGUGGAUAUACGACAAUAAUGAUGAUGAAGCAUUGACGAGAUUUGUUCCUAAACUAAAAGACCAUCUUCUGUCCCGCUUACUUGGCCACGAUGACAACUCAGAUGAAUCACUCUACUACACUGAUGAAGACCGGCACCACGUCCGAAUUAUCCAUGAUCGUAUGUACAAACAUAAACGUUGUCGUGUCAACUACACUUCCUAUGACCUCCGACGUUGCCAAGACACUAUGAAUCCCACUUCACAUGCUGACAUUAUGGUCUUAUCGGGUAAUGAGGAACUGGAUGGACACCCGUUUGCCUAUGCUCGUAUACUCGGUGUCUAUCAUGUUGACAUUAAGCAUACCGGACCAAAAUCAAGGUCAAAUCUGGUACACCGCAUGGACUUUCUAUGGGUCCGGUGGUUUGAACUUGAUUCCACAUUUGUAGGAGGCUGGGAAACACGCCGUUUGCAUCGUCUUCAAUUUGUUGAGUCUGAUUCAUCGGCCGCAUUCGGAUUUCUGGACCCGUCUCUCAUUCUACGUGGAUCACAUCUCAUAUCGGCAUUUGCCCAUGGCACCACAACUGCUAGACUAGGCCCAUCAAUUGCGCGAGUUUCUGGAGAAAAGAAGAUGCAAGAUAAAGACUGGAAUUACUACUACGUGAAUAUGUUUGUUGAUCGCGACAUGUUCGUAAGGUAUCUGGGUGGAGGAAUCGGCCACCAGGCAACGAAUGAAUACACAGCUGACCUUCGGCCUAACUUUGAAGCUCGUGACCUGUUUACAGGAUACAAACCAGGCGAUAACCAGCUUCAAGUUGAUUCAGAUUCAGAAAGUGACCAGUCUGAGCUUGAGGCUAUGCCAUCAUCGUUAAAUCAUGACAAGGAAUAUGAUAUUGACAAUGUAGACACUGAGGAUGAAGACUGGGGAUAUAAAAGCUCAAACAGUAGCCAGGAUUCAGAAAGCGAAUUGGAAGACCCGGAGGUAAUUGUGGCAGAGGAGGCGGGGGCAGAAAAUGAAUUUGACCUUGAUGAUCUUGGUCCUGGAGAUGGCGAGGCAGCUUGGGAAUCAGAUGAUUAUGAGGCAGAAGGGUAUGCUGAGCUAUAG